CGCUGAAACGUUCUGGUCGGCCAUCUUUCUAUCAGAGAAAGAAGCUGAGGGUGUAAGUUUUGUUGUCCUGGUUAUUCGCACGAAAGUGUUUGAGCGGAGCUGUUAACACCCAAAUUAUAAGGCAUUUGUCCAACGGAAAAUACACCUGCGGAUAAGGUGUUACAGUCAUGGUUUUGCAGUUAAUUGGAAGAUGGUGGUGGGUGACAGUCACACCAGCCUUCAUAGCACUUGGGUAUUACCUAGACAAGCGGUCAGACAACAACUACAGCCGAUUCAAGAACAAAUCAGUCCUGUAUAGAAGAGAGCUGCAGCCUGGUGAAAAAGAUCCAUGGACAUAAACACUGUAAUUUCAUUCACUUAUGAAAGCCUGUGUGAUGUUUUAGAAACAAGCAUGCUACUUUGGAAGAUUGAAGAAUUUCUACACUUGUAGACUGAAAAUGUUGAUGUACAGUACUCUAGCGGAAAUUGAAAAACAUGUAGAAGACUUGUUUUCAGAAUUAUUUUACUUUAUUUUGUGUUCACACUGUAAUCAGCAUAACAUAAUUAAAGCUUAGUUAUUUACAGAAAAAUAUACAGUCUUAAUUGGUGUUCUGCUUCAAUUAAAGUAAAUAUACAUAGUAAA